UAAGAGACUGCAACGACCUACUUCCAACGAUGUACAAACUACACGGUGCGUGGUUCAGGCUCACGCCAAAACCGAUGGAGGUACUUGCGCCACCCAUCAUACAACCACUCACUCAUCCCACCUGGCAUUACGCCAGCCCGUCCUCCUUGGCGACCAGUGGAAUCUACAGUGACGAGGACUUAGAUAGGCUCAGAGCGCAUAUAAUGUUCCCUGUGGAGAAGCCGUCUAUGUUAAACACCAUCGCUCGGGGAGCACUAGGCGAGACGAUCCCAUCUGGGAGCGUAUCAAUGUACAACCUAUUGGACGAAGACUCACUAAAUCGAAUUGCAGAAUCUGCCGGAGAAAGAGUCUGGCACGGAUUGGUUACGUUUGGGUCUGCGAGCGCAGGAAUACUCGCCAUCUUCAUCAUUGCACGCAUAGUCAAACUCAUAAUAGACACUAUAAUUCACGGCUACGCGUUGCAUUCAAUCUAUGGUUGGAGCAUGCACCUCCUCGGCGCUAUAUGGAGCUCGGUAACUCACCUGCUGAUACAUUUGGGCGGAAGGAAGAAUCAAGCAUCAGCAACCACGCCUGAGGCUCGUCCAACACCUGAAGAUGCCCCGUCCCUGACCCUUUCAAUGUCCGAAGCUCGACUUCCGAAACCCCAAGGUGAGUGUGCAAAAAGUGAAAGACUAAAGCCAACCUAUACCUACGCCGAGUUACGAAAAUACGUGGAAAACAAUUGCCACGGAACGAAUGAGUCGGUGUAAAAAUGUCAGCAUACGCUAACAUUUAAAUAUAAGGGGGGCGGGUGUAACAUCCGCAACACUUAUUUUUGCGUCGUUUAUAAUUAUUCAGUGAUAAUUGUUAACCCAUAAUUAUUAACCAAUUCUACUAUCUCGUAUAAGCUCUUAUAAUAACCUCCUAUAUCAUUAUAAUCACUAACCAAAUUUAUUAAUAUUGUAAAAUUAGAACUUACCAUCAUAGUUAUCAUCAGAGAGUUACCAUGUAGAACUUACCAUCAUAGUUAUCAUCAGAGAGUUACAAUGUGAACCUUACCAUCAUCAGAGAGUUACCAUGUAAACCCUACCAUCAUAGUUACCAUCAGAGAGUUACCAUGUGAACCUUACCAUCAUAGUAAUCAUCAGAGAGUUACCAUGUAAAACUUACCAUCGAUCGUAUUAAUUACCGUUACCACUCCCACACUUCGAGUGGGAGUUGCGCCACUGUCGGGCGACAUGGUGGGGUACCCCCACCCGCGCAAUAUCAAGCCAAGCGUCACUCCGCCGUUGCUAGGCGAAGCAGUAGUGUUCUAGUUCUCGCGUCGUCGCGAUCGGUCGACUUCUAGGAGUCUCUCCGCGUAUCCACUGAAUCUUUGCUAACUCCAAAUCAAUUGUUUAACAUUCCUAUAUCCGACUCGCGCAAAGAGUCUAGCUAAGUAACUACUCAUCGCAAAUAUUAUAAUAAAUAGUUGUAAAACAGUUUAAGGUGUUGUAUUAGUUUAAUCUCAACGAUUAUUAAUAAAUAUUGUUUACCUUAUACAUAAAA